AGGUGAAAUUUGCGAUGAAAUUAAGGCUAAAAAUGAAUACACGUAUAAUGUUGAAAGAUCCCGCUGUCAGACUGUUUGGAAAUUCACACAUAAACAUAAAGACAUGAUAUCACAGCAUAGAACAGACAACUGUUUAGACCAAUGAGCAUUAAGCUGUGACGUCAUCAAGUGGUUUCUCAAAGUAGCAGAUGAUUCACUCCUCCACUUCACAACAGACCUGCAGCACUGACUGUCCCUUCAGCUCUUCUGUCGCUGUUUACCAAACAUUCAAAUGUAUUAUUACAUUUAUGUUUUUUUGUUGUUUAAAUGUAGCAUUUAUGAACUUGAGAAAUUAGGAACUGUUGUAAUUUGAAACCGUUCACCAAAAUGCCAAAAAAUAUAAAUCACAUGGACAUGUUUAUAUUCAUCUGUUUGUUCUUAUGGAGUCUGAAUGGUGUGUUUGUUGCUGAUGCAGUGAAGUCAGAGUCAGUGACUGAGGGAGAAUCAGUCGCUCUGAACUCUAGUUUCACUCAAAUACACAGAGAUGAAGAGAUCGACUGGAAGUUUGGGGACUUUCUCAUAGCUAAAGUGAAGAAAAACAAAGAGAGCAAGUUUUAUGGUGAUAAUGCUGAAGGGAGAUUCAGAGACAGACUGAAACUGGAUCAUCAGACUGGAUCUCUGACCAUCAUCAACAGCAGAACCACAGACUCUGGACUUUAUACAGUCUCCAGCAUCAGAACAGACAUGACGAUCAACACGAUCAAUCUCACUGUCUAUGCUCGUCUGCCUGUUCCUGUCAUCAGCAGUAACUCUUCAUCAUCAUCAUCAGGAUCAUCAGAGCCCAGAUGUGUGUUUCUGUGUUCAGCUGUGAAUGUGAGUCAUGUGACUCUCUCCUGGUUCAAAGGAAACAGUGUAUUCUCCAGCGUCAGAGUGUCUGAUCUCAGCAGCCGGUCUGAUCUUCUUCUCCAUCUGGAGUGUGUGGAUGAUUCCUACAGCUGUGUGCUGAACAAUCCCAUCAGAAACCAGACUCAACACCUCAACAUCACUGAACUCUGUCACACAUGUGCUGCAGCCACAGAGGCUCUGAAGGGAAGUGCUCUAGAGGAGCUUAUUAUUCACUCUGAGUUUCACUACAGACCCACAGCACUGUCCUCUCCUGAUCUACUGACACUUUCAGACUUUAUUAGACCAUUUCUGCUGGGAUUUCCUUUUCUGAUCUAG